GUUAACUGCAGUUGUCUCCUCCCUCCGUACCCUCCCCUCCCCACAACUUUAGCUCUUCUCUUGUCCCUCCCCAUUUCUCUGUCACUUACUCACAAAUGCCCUUGGGAUUGCUUGAGGCCUUUUGUUGGAGGUUGUGUGUGCUGUCCCCUCUCUGGCACAGCUGGCUAUUCCAGUCACAGAAGAAAAGCAGAGAAGAGACUUUCUGAAAAUCUGGAUGGGACGAUAGAAGAAGUUGUGGGCACAUUAUAGAGCAACAGUAACAUCAACAAAAGUUCCAUAUAAUUCAAACAGACUUCUUAAUUUUGUGGAAUCUAUAUCAGUUGCUCAGAAAUUGAGUUACCCUUUUUACUUCAGAAGAUGAUGGGACAGGGCAAUAGAGGGCGAGGAAGCUUAUGUUGGAGUCCUGCUUAUCUGUCUGCCUCUCCUUCUAGUUGGAAAAAUCUUCAGUCCGUAAGAAGCAUUAUAUACAAGCCUAAAGAACACAUCUUACCCUGAUCCUGGAUGCUGUUGGAGUUGAGGAUUAUAGCCACUUUGCCAGGAUUUUAUAGAUGUAGUUCAAGAAACAUACAAGGACGCAAUUAUUUAAGAAUUUCUCUGUUUGCAUUAAUCCUGUGCCAUGUUACAUUUUGGACAUUGUUUGGAGCAAGUAAAGGAUGGCUCUGUCAUCUGGAUCUAAGAGGAUACCUCAGUCCCUUGAGCUGCCUAUAUGAAGGUUGUAAACUCAAAGUCUUUCAAUAUAAGUUCACUGACUUCUGGAUUUCUCUUUCUAUUGAGGACUUCAUCAGAAACUCCUUUCCCAAAAGAUAUAAAACCUUCUGUGUGUUUUCAGGCUAAAUGUGAACAAUAAUGUCUUGGAAGAGGAAUUAUUUUUCAGGGGGCCGCGGUGGUGUCCAAGGGAUGUUUGCGCCCCGAAGCUCAACCUCCAUAGCUCCCAGCAAAGGCCUUAGCAACGAGCCAGGACAAAAUAGCUGCUUCCUCAAUAGUGCCCUGCAGGUUUUAUGGCAUUUGGACAUCUUCCGACGUAGCUUUAGGCAACUCACAACUCACAAGUGCAUGGGAGAUUCCUGCAUCUUUUGUGCUCUCAAGGGAAUCUUUAACCAGUUUCAGUGUAGUAGUGAAAAAGUGCUUCCAUCUGACACUCUCCGCAGUGCUUUGGCAAAGACUUUCCAGGAUGAACAGCGUUUCCAGCUGGGAAUUAUGGAUGAUGCUGCAGAGUGCUUUGAAAAUCUCCUAAUGAGAAUUCACUUCCAUAUUGCUGAUGAAACCAAAGAGGAUAUAUGUACUGCCCAACAUUGCAUCUCCCACCAGAAAUUUGCAAUGACUUUGUUUGAGCAGUGUGUAUGUACUAGCUGUGGCGCCACUUCUGACCCACUACCUUUCAUCCAGAUGGUGCAUUACAUCUCUACUACUUCCCUUUGCAAUCAGGCUAUUUGUAUGUUGGAAAGACGAGAAAAAGCUUCACCAAGCAUGUUUGGUGAGUUGCUGCAGAAUGCCAGCACCAUGGGAGAUCUGAGGAACUGUCCGAGUAACUGUGGAGAGAGGAUCCGUAUUCGCCGUGUGUUGAUGAAUGCUCCGCAGAUUAUCACAAUUGGGCUGGUAUGGGACUCGGACCACUCAGACUUGGCAGAAGAUGUCAUCCACAGCCUGGGUACCUGCCUUAAGCUGGGUGAUCUGUUUUUCAGAGUGACGGAUGAUCGGGCCAAGCAGUCUGAACUGUACUUAGUAGGAAUGAUCUGUUACUAUGGCAAACAUUAUUCCACAUUCUUUUUCCAAACAAAGAUCCGCAAAUGGAUGUAUUUUGAUGAUGCUCAUGUCAAGGAGAUUGGGCCCAAAUGGAAGGAUGUGGUGACCAAAUGCAUCAAGGGGCAUUAUCAGCCUUUGCUGCUGCUUUAUGCAGACCCCCAGGGCACCCCAGUGUCCACCCAGGACCUGCCUCCCCAAGUUGAGUUCCAGUCAUACAGCAAGACGUGCUAUGAUAGUGAAGAUUCAGGCAGGGAGCCUUCUAUCUCAAGUGAUACUCGAACAGAUUCCUCAACGGAGAGCUGUCCCUACAAACACUUCCAUCAUGAGUCUGUGGUCAGUCACUUCUCUUCCGAUUCUCAAGGGACAGUCAUCUAUAAUGUGGAGAACGAUUCCAUGUCACAGAGCAGUCGAGACACAGGACACCUGACCGAUAGCGAAUGUAAUCAGAAACACACAUCCAAGAAAGGGUCACUGACAGAGCGCAAGAGGAGCUCUGGCCGGAUUAGGAGGAAAGGCGAUGAGCCACAGGCCUCAGGGUACCACAGCGAAGGAGAAACACUGAAAGAGAAGCAGGCCCCUAGGAGUGCCUCCAAACCAUCCGGCAGCACCAACAGGCUGAGGGAUUUUAAAGAGACAGUCAGCAAUAUGAUCCAUAACAGGCCAUCCCUGGCUUCUCAGACCAAUCUAGGAUCUCCCUCUGUGGGGAGGGGAGGAGACCAGUCUAACAAAAAACCUCCUAGGAACCUUCCCUUGCAGACCCAAGACUGGGAAGUAGAGAGUACCAGCAGUGAAUCAAAAUCCAGUUCUUCCAGCAAGUAUCGUCCAAUGUGGAGACCCAAACGGGAAUCUCUGAAUAUUGACAGUAUCUUUAGUAAGGACAAAAGGAAGCACUGUGGCUAUACUCAGCUUAGUCCCUUUUCUGAGGAUUCAGCUAAAGAAUUUACACCGGAUGAACUCAGCAAGCCACCUCCCUACCAUAUCAAAGUCAGUGGGCCAGACCCCCGGUACAAGCCCUGGGGCCCGGCACGUCCAGGCUCUCACCUUUUAGAGCAGCAUCCUCGCCUAAUCCAGCGAAUGGAAUCGGGCUAUGAGAGCAGUGAGAGGAACAGCGGCAGCCCUGUCAGUCUGGAUGCAGCCCUGCCGGAGAGUUCCAAUGUUUGCAGGGAUCCAAGUGCUAAGAGAUCAGUUGGGCUGGUCCCUGCCUGGCGUCACAUCCCAAAAUCUUGCAGCAGUAGCAUCCUGGAGGUGGACUCCACAGCAUCCAUAAGUGGCUGGACGAAGAGUCAGCCCCUCUCAGGUGGGGAGAUAUCUUCUAAAAGUGAACUGGAUGAAUUGCAGGAAGAGGUGGCCAGGAGGGCCCAGGAACAGGAACUUCGAAGGAAACGGGAGAAAGAAUUAGAAGCAGCUAAAGGCUUUAACCCUCAUCCCAGCCGCUUCAUGGACUUAGAUGAAUUGCAAAAUCAGGGGAGGAGUGACGGCUUUGAGAGGUCUCUGCAGGAAGCAGAUUCAGUAUUUGAAGAGUCGCUGCGUCUGGAACAGAAAGGAGACUGUGCUGCAGCUUUGGCUCUCUGUAACGAAGCUAUGUCUAAACUAAGACUUGCCCUGCAUGGUGCCAGCUGUAGCACGCAUAGCAGAGCCCUAGUCGAUAAGAAGUUGCAAAUCAGUAUUCGAAAAGCACGGAGCCUGCAGGAUCGCAUGCAGCAGCAGCAGUCAUCACAGCAGCCGUCGCAGCCCUCAGCCUGCCUCCCAUCACAGGGGGGAGCCCUUCCUGGGGAGACCCUCCCUCAGCCAACAAGUGAACAGCCUAUCCCGCUCCAAGUAUUGUUGAACCAGGAGGCCCAACUGGAACCCUACACAGACACAGAGUUUGGGGCCCGUUCUUUCUUUCACUCACCUGCUUCCUGCCAUGAGUCACACUCAUCACUAUUCCCAGAAUCCCCUGCCCUGUCCGUCCCACAGCACAGCUCCCCCAAUAGAUCUGCCUUGAGCCUUCUGACUUCUGUUGAGGUGGACAGCACUGACCCCUCUGCAUUAAACAGGCAGGGCUUACCUAAAACACCAGGAAGGAUUGAGAAGAAUUCUCACUAUGGUUGGGUGCCAUUGGACACUCCAGAGGGUAAGCUGCAAGGCUACAGGGGUGACAACAGCAGCUGUAGCAGCUUCCUUCCACAAGAAGGGAGGGGCAUUGCUCAAGAACAACUGUUCCAAGAAAAGAAGAAUCCUGCUGACCCAUCUCUGGUGCUGCCUUGGUCAUACCCAGCUGGAACAGCCACCUCUGAGAGAGAAGAUGUACACAGCCCAGGCUAUAGUCCUUCAAGUUCAUCAGCUCAACCCAACCUUCCCCCAUACAGGGACUGCCACCCCGUAAUGCCUGCUGCUUCCUCAUCUGUGCCUCAGUCUCCUAAUCCUGUGCAGAAAACUAACCAAUUCCUCAAAGCUAAAAGCCUCAAAACUUCAUUGACUUCAAAAGUGGAUGGAGGCAGUGAGGAGCAUUAUAGGCUAGAGUUUCCAAGCACAAAGGGGCUUGUCCACUCUCUGGCAGAGCAGUUCCAGAGGAUGCAAGGUGCCUCCAUGAGGGAUGGUACUAAGUCCCAGGAUAGAAGUUUGCCAUAUAGUCUAAGGAAGAACUCUUCCUCUUCUGACUCCAAGACUCCUUUCCCACAGAGUCAAGGGGAAGGCCACUGUCCUUGGGCAAAACAGCAACCAUUUCUGGAUUGUAGCAACAGACUGCCUUCCUGGGAAGAGCCUGCUGACCAUCAUCUUCUUGCUAUGAACUCUGUGCUGCUUAAUGGUGAAACUUCUGGGGAAGGACUGUCCAGGUUGGCUGAGUUAGGUACACACCAAGGGAAACCAUCCCAAGUGAGAGAUGCUAGGCCUAAGAAGCUAGGCAGCAGUGUUGACUUGGGGGUUUCUUUGCCCUUGGAUUCCUGGGUGAAUAUCACAAGGCUCUAUGAUUCUCGGCUUAAACAUGGAGUCCCUGGGCCAGGAGUCAAGUUUUCCCCCCUCGAUUCCCAUACCUGCACAGUCUAUCCUGAGAGAAACCACAUCCUUUUGCAUCCACAUUGGAACCAAGACACAGAACAGGAGACCUCAGAAUUGGAAUCUCUCUACCAGUCCAGUCUCCAGGCUUCUGAAGCUGGCUGUUCUGGAUGGGGGCAGCAGGAUGUGCCCUGGAAUCCACUUAGCCAAACAGGCUCUGCAGAUGGCAAGGGGAGGAGGUUGCACUCAGCGCCUGGCCUUGGUCUCUCAAAGACCCCAACAGCAGAAAUGGAGUACAGUCUCUGUGAAGCCAGCACAGUGCCUGCUUCUCAGGAUUCAUCAAACGUGAGGAAAAAGCCUUUGGAAACCGGGCACCGUUGUUCCAGCUCCUCUUCCCUCUCUGUCAUCCAUGACCCUCCUGUGUGUCUCCCUGAUCCCCAACUCUACCCUCCCCAACCACAGUUCCUGUCCCCAGAUGUCCUGAUGUCCAGCAUGGCAGGGGAGCCCCAUAGACCCCCAGGAACUUCGAGGAGUGCCCACCAGUUUCUGGCUCUGUGUGACUGGGGUGAAACUUCCCAAGGGAUCAGAUACACAGGAACGACUUUGAAUUACUGGAGUCUCCCCCAUCAUCCCAGAACAGAUACCUCCUGGGGAUCCUGGUCAGAGGCUAACCAGCAUAUUGGGGCCAGAUGCUUGACUACUCAGCCAACCCAAACUGCUACACUACCAGAAAGACACCAGGGAUUUCAGGUUCCUCAUGCUCAGUCCUGGGGAGACCUCUCUCAUUCCCACUCUCAUCCUCCCAUUGUCCACCCUGUGUCUCCACCAUCCAGCACUCUUCAUACGCCCCUGAGGUCAGCUUGGAAUUUGGGUCCAGUUCCAGGGUCCCGAGCUCCUGGUCCUCGAAGAGUAGAUAUGCCCCCAGAUGAUGACUGGAGGCAAAGCAGUUAUGCCACCCAACCUGGGCACAGAAGGACAGGGGGAGAAGGGUUUCUGUUUGUUUUAGCAGAUGCCCCUGGACGGGAGCAGAUCAGGGCCAGAGACCUUCAGUACAGUAGAUGGUAAGGGUCACCCUUCCCUUUCUGGGAGCCACACGUUUCUCUGUAAAACUGUACCGUGGGCAGAGUUGGUACCUUGUAUCCCUGCCAUGGUUGUGCCAGUCUUAUCUCAGCAUAAGGUUGGCAGUUUCCCCUGGGAUGCCAGGAACCUCUAAAGAGACCUGGUUCUUUGGAAGGGAAUAUUUGAAAUUCCAACUUCUAUUCACCUAGCAAAAGGCAGCAACUGCUGUUUAGAGCUUUAUUUGAGCCACUUGAAAGAUGAAUCCAUGAUAUUACUCUGGAUACUAACCAUUCCUUAGGCUCUUAAGGUCAUCAUUUUAUUCCUGGAUACUCUAUGCCCCCACCUCUACCUGAGCCCUAAUUCUCUGUUCCCUACUAUAUUCUCAACUUCUACUCUUUGUUUUAUCCACCAAUGCCUAUUACCUGACCCUCUGUUUUCCCCAUCUCCCAUCCUUGGAGGGACAUGUAGCCAUGUGGUCAUGACCCUGACCACAUUAUUCAGGGCAGCCCACUUGCCCAGGUAUUGUGGCUUGUAAGCCUUCCCUGUACCCCUAAACCUUAGGUCUAGAAUGUGGAGCUGCCAAUGUAACAUUCACCCUUCUGAACAGAUGGAGUCAGGCACGCUAACACACCCUCCUGUCUUCAGCAGCAGAGCCAUUACUGCCACUUGCUCAGUCGCCGUUGUAAACCCUUAGAAUCAGCUGAACUAUUUUAGGGCCAAACAUACUGUUUUUGUAAAGUAUUUUUCAUUAAUAAAUCUAUAAGAUAGUUCUAUUUAA